AUGUCCCAGGUAGAAAAAUCUUCCGUAUCAGAUAUGUCCACAAGUAAUGCCAAAACCGCCACAUUCGCAGAUGCGUUGUUGGAACAGAAAGACGACAAAACCGAUGCUCUGCCUUCUUACCGUGAAAGAAAGAACAUACACUUCACCGGACAAUCAAAUGAUUAUGGAGUUACCCCUCAGAUGAAAUGCGUGAAUGGGUUUGUAGCCUUUACGAGCCCCUACGUAGCACUGACAACGAGAACAAGUGCUCUGGGUCUGAAUACUGUAUGGCGCUGUGUUGUGUGCCACAAAGUGAAGGACCUGAAGGGCCCCCACUUAGACGGCAAGGCGAACGUGCGCUCCGACUGCUGGCCGUGCGGCAAGAAAACAACCUUUCUCCGCGAUGCCAGCGCUAUGUCUGAGUCCGGCGCCGUUGCAGAACCCGCUGCCUCCAACACCCAGGCGCCUAGCAACGCUGAUCGAGCUGUUCAUGCAGCUGGCGGUACAAAUGCGAGCGUGUUUGCAGCGUCUGCCGCCACAUCAUCGUCGCAAGCCCUUGUUUCUCCCUCCGGUGUCACUAGCAUGCCAGCGGGCACUGCCCCGUUCAAAAGCGCCUUUGGUGGGGUGUCUGCCCCGGACGCCGCCAAGCCUGCUGCUGCGCCGUUCAAGAGCGCCUUUGGUGACGUGUCUGCCCCGGACGCCGCCAAGCCUGCUGCUGCGCCGUUCAAGAGCGCCUUUGGUGACGUGUCUGCCCCGGACGCCGCCAAGCCUGCUGCUGCGCCGUUCAAGAGCGCGUGUGAGGGUGUUGUGGAGUGGUUAGCGCCAAAGCCACCAAUCGGCUCAGCGAUGAAGAGCUCUUUGGGAGCGGCUAGGGAUGAAGCGUUGGUCAUCAGUUCGUUGACCGCUUCUUCAGAAAAGGGGAUGUCAAGCGGUAUCUGGCAAUCGCCAAAGGCUGUGAGCUCGUCCACUGUAGCCGCAAGGGGUGAAGCGGCAGAGCUGGGGCAAAGCGGCUGCGUGUUGCCGGAGAGUGUGUGGCGCUGUGUUGUGUGCCACAAAGUGAAGGACCUGAAGGGGCCCCACUUAGACGGCAAGGCGAGCGUGCGCUCCGACUGCUGGCCGUGCGGCAAGAAAACAACGUUUGUACAAGAGGACAGUGGUGAUCGAUCACUGAUGGGCGCCGAUGGUCGAGCCAGCCGUCUCGCGGAAGCUGCAGGCAACGAGGGAGUGCCAGUGUUACGGGAACCUCGCUCUACCGUAUUCAAAGAUCCUGUUGUACCGUCCGAGGCGGAGGAGCCGCGCUGCAUGUUGCCGGUUACGAAGGCUGGCGGAGUACAAGGAUCCGCAGCACAAGAUACAAGCGUUGUGGUGCUGUCAACAAAUGCCCUCUGGCGUUGCGCUGUGUGCCACAAGGUGAAGGACCUGAAGGGCCCCCACUUAGACGGCAAGGCGAGCGUGCGCUCCGACUGCUGGCCGUGCGGCAAGAAAACAACCUUUCUCCGCGAUGCCAGCGCUAUGUCUGAGUCCGGCGCCGUUGCAGAACCCGCUGCCUCCAACACCCAGGCGCCUAGCAACGCUGAUCGAGCUGUUCAUGCAGCUGGCGGUACAAAUGCGAGCGUGUUUGCAGCGUCUGCCGCCACAUCAUCGUCGCAAGCCCUUGUUUCUCCCCCCGGUGUCACUAGCAUGCCAGCGGGCACUGCCCCGUUCAAAAGCGCCUUUGGUGGGGUGUCUGCCCCGGACGCCGCCAGGCCUGCUGCUGCGCCGUUCAAGAGCGCCUUUGGUGACGUGUCUGCCCCGGACGCCGCCAAGCCUGCUGCUGCGCCGUUCAAGAGCGCCUUUGGUGACGUGUCUGCCCCGGACGCCGCCAAGCCUGCUGCUGCGCCGUUCAAGAGCGCCUUUGGUGGGGUGUCUGCCCCGGACGCCGCCAAGCCUGCUGCUGCGCCGUUCAAGAGCGCCUUUGGUGGGGUGUCUGCCCCGGACGCCGCCAGGCCUGCUGCUGCGCCGUUCAAGAGCGCCUUUGGUGACGUGUCUGCCCCGGACGCCGCCAAGCCUGCUGCUGCGCCGUUCAAGAGCGCCUUUGGUGACGUGUCUGCCUCGGACGCCGCCAAGCCUGCUGCUGCGCCGUUCAAGAGCGCCUUUGGUGGGGUGUCUGCCCCGGACGCCGCCAGGCCUGCUGCUGCGCCGUUCAAGAGCGCCUUUGGUGACGUGUCUGCCCCGGACGCCGCCAAGCCUGCUGCUGCGCCGUUCAAGAGCGCCUUUGGUGACGUGUCUGCCUCGGACGCCGCCAAGCCUGCUGCUGCGCCGUUCAAGAGCGCCUUUGGUGGGGUGUCUGCCCCGGACGCCGCCAGGCCUGCUGCUGCGCCGUUCAAGAGCGCUUUUGGUGGGGUGUCUGCCCCGGACGCCGCCAGGCCUGCUGCUGCGCCGUUCAAGAGCGCCUUUGGUGACGUGUCUGCCCCGGACGCCGCCAAGCCUGCUGCUGCGCCGUUCAAGAGCGCCUUUGGUGACGUGUCUGCCCCGGACGCCGCCAGGCCUGCUGCUGCGCCGUUCAAGAGCGCCUUUGGUGACGUGUCUGCCCCGGACGCCGCCAAGCCUGCUGCUGCGCCGUUCAAGAGCGCCUUUGGUGGGGUGUCUGCCCCGGACGCCGCCAAGCCUGCUGCUGCGCCGUUCAAGAGCGCCUUUGGUGGGGUGCCUGCCCCGGACGCCGCCAGGCCUGCUGCUGCGCCGUUCAAGAGCGCCUUUGGUGGGGUGCCUGCCCCGGACGCCGCCAAGCCUGCUGCUGCGCCGUUCAAGAGCGCGUGUGAGGGUGUUGUGGAGUGGUUAGCGCCAAAGCCACCAAUCGGCUCAGCGAUGAAGAGCUCUUUGGGAGCGGCUAGGGAUGAAGCGUUGGUCAUCAGUUCGUUGACCGCUUCUUCAGAAAAGGGGAUGUCAAGCGGUAUCUGGCAAUCGCCAAAGGCUGUGAGCUCGUCCACUGUAGCCGCAAGGGGUGAAGCGGCAGAGCUGGGGCAAAGCGGCUGCGUGUUGCCGGAGAGUGUGUGGCGCUGUGUUGUGUGCCACAAAGUGAAGGACCUGAAGGGGCCCCACUUAGACGGCAAGGCGAGCGUGCGCUCCGACUGCUGGCCGUGCGGCAAGAAAACAACGUUUGUACAAGAGGACAGUGGUGAUCGAUCACUGAUGGGCGCCGAUGGUCGAGCCAGCCGUCUCGCGGAAGCUGCAGGCAACGAGGGAGUGCCAGUGUUACGGGAACCUCGCUCUACCGUAUUCAAAGAUCCUGUUGUACCGUCCGAGGCGGAGGAGCCGCGCUGCAUGUUGCCGGUUACGAAGGCUGGCGGAGUACAAGGAUCCGCAGCACAAGAUACAAGCGUUGUGGUGCUGUCAACAAAUGCCCUCUGGCGUUGCGCUGUGUGCCACAAGGUGAAGGACCUGAAGGGCCCCCACUUAGACGGCAAGGCGAGCGUGCGCUCCGACUGCUGGCCGUGCGGCAAGAAAACAACCUUUCUCCGCGAUGCCAGCGCUAUGUCUGAGUCCGGCGCCGUUGCAGAACCCGCUGCCUCCAACACCCAGGCGCCUAGCAACGCUGAUCGAGCUGUUCAUGCAGCUGGCGGUACAAAUGCGAGCGUGUUUGCAGCGUCUGCCGCCACAUCAUCGUCGCAAGCCCUUGUUUCUCCCUCCGGUGUCACUAGCAUGCCAGCGGGCACUGCCCCGUUCAAAAGCGCCUUUGGUGGGGUGUCUGCCCCGGACGCCGCCAGGCCUGCUGCUGCGCCGUUCAAGAGCGCCUUUGGUGACGUGUCUGCCCCGGACGCCGCCAAGCCUGCUGCUGCGCCGUUCAAGAGCGCCUUUGGUGACGUGUCUGCCCCGGACGCCGCCAAGCCUGCUGCUGCGCCGUUCAAGAGCGCCUUUGGUGGGGUGUCUGCCCCGGACGCCGCCAAGCCUGCUGCGGCACCGUUGAAAAUCGUCUAUGAUGAUACGCGAGAUGUGAGUGAUUCGGAAAUCGGUAAGGAGGUUAAGGAAUGUCUGAAGUUGAAGGAGGAGUCAGAUGGAAGGGAAGGUGACUUGUUCGCGACAGGCGGAGAGUUCGGUGUCUUAGGUUCCACAGCCGGAGGACCUGGGAAUGCCGGUGGUGCUGGACUAGCUUUAAGUUCCUCUUGUGAGAUGGGAUGUUCGAAGGCACUGGUGCCGUCUGUGGCUUCAGAGUGCUGCUCAUCAGCUGUAGUGGAGAAAUUGAUUACGAGAGCGUUGAAAGAGCAGCGCGUGGAGAUGAAGAAAGAGUUGGAGUGUUUCCGAAAGGAUUUGUUGUUUGAAGUUCGUCAGGCGAUCUCUCAAGAGCAUGUACAUGCUGUGGCAAAGGACCAGGCGUGCUUCGAGGAGCCACCUGCACAGAUGAUGGAGAGUCUCAUUCGCCGACAUUUGUCGAAGGCGUUUCGUAAAUCGUGA